AUGAAGCGGCCGAAGAGCGCCAUACCACGGCCGAGCACCGAAAACUCGCCCACGAGGCCCAGGAACUCGGCGACGAAGGGCCUCGACAGCGCCCCGACGAGGACCGCGAAGCCCUCGACGCACUGCAACAGCGCCGCCGCGAAGUGCGAGGGGAGGCUCACCAGCACCGGGGCCAGCAUCUGCAUCAGCACGAAGACCACACGCACCAACAGCACCCGCCCGAAGGGCGUAUCGAGCAGCUUGGCUACGGAGAAGUGGGCCACGCUGCGCACCGCGGGCGGCACCUCCGCCCGCGUCCACGACAACGGCCCGAGCGACGCGGAAAGCACGCAGGCGUCCUCCAUGAGGAAUGCACGAGGGCCCGAGAGAAACGGGCACCUGGCGGCUGGGGUCAUGGCGUGCAAGCAGCAGGCGCCCCGCGCCGUCUGCCGCGUCGCCCUCUCCAGCCCGGAGCGGGGCGGUGCGGGCGGCGCGUUGCCGCCCGCCGGCGCACAGGGGACCACGCCGGUGCCGCUGGAGCGCCUGCGGCCUGCCUUCCCCGCCGGCCACCCGCGCACCAGCGCGGGCGACCGCCGCGCCCGCCCGUCGGCCUCGGCGGUCUCGGGCUCCACGUCUGCCCUGUGGGAUUCUUCUGUGGUUCUUCUUGAACCGCACGAGAGGUAG